UGAAAACGUGGCCACCGCUUGUGCAGUAUGAGUAUGGGUUUAGGGUGGCACUGUUAACGUAUUGCUUGAUCAUAGUUUCAGAUUAUAGAAUGGGUAACCCAAUCAGGACUAUGAUCGAUCGGUUGUAUUCAAUCGCCAUUGGAGGAAUAAUAUCAGUGUUGGUCAAUGUUUCUGUUUUUCCUAAAUGGGCAGGGGACAACCUACAUAAAGAACUCGUCAAAAACUUCCAUUCAGUGGCAGAUUCACUUGAGGAAUGCGUUAAGAAAUAUUUAGAAGAUGAGUCAGAGAAGUCUACAAUCAUCACAACUAGCACAAAUGAAUUUUCAAACGAACCGACUUAUAAGAGAUGUCAAAAUAUCUUAAAUUCAGGAUCAAAGCUUGAGACUCUGGCUAAAUCAGCAAAAUGGGAACCACCACAUGGUAGAUUCAUGCACUUUUCAUAUCCAUGGUCACAAUAUGUGAAAGUUGGGGUGGUCUUACAAUACUGUGCUUAUGAAGUUGUGGCACUCCAAAGCAUUGUACAUGCAGAAAUUCAGGUACCCUACAAAUUGCGGGUUGUGUUCCAAUCAGAAAUCCAAGAGGCAUUAAACGAGGCUGCAGAACUGGUAAGGAUUUUGGGAAGAGACAUUAGUUGUAUGAAGUGGAGUCCGAAAAACUCCCACAUUAAGAGGCUUCAUAGCUCUACUAAGAGGCUACAACGUUCCAUGUACUUGCAAUAUUAUUAUAUACUCACAUCUACUUUUGAAAUUGAUAACCCAUCAAAGUCCUUUGCACACACCUACCAUUUACCAGAUCAGAGGGAGGUGGUAGAACAACUAGAAUGUUACCAUGAGAUAACAAGGAAGCAAUUGAAAAGACUAUAUUCUUGGCCAUCUAGAGAGGUGGAUGCAUUUGAAGAAGAUGGUGAGAAAAGCAUAAAGAUAGUGGAUUCCUUAGAGAGUACUGCAAUAUUGUCAUUGGCUAACUUCACUUCCUCGCUGGUUGAGUUUGUGGCAAGAGUUGACCAUUUGAUAGAGGCAGUGGAUAAGCUUUCCACCAUGGCCAAGUUCAAGCCAGCGGAUGGGUUGUAGAAGGAAUGUUAAGGUGCAAUCAAGUUUUGCGUCACAUCAAAAUUUACUUUGUUAAUAACUAAGAUUUAAGAACUGGACAUGUUUGCUAGCAGGGAGUGUUGAAAAGACUUUCAAGUAACAAGAAG